AUGCAGACUGCUUCUACAAACAUUUGUGAAAGAAUGGGUCACCCUCAGGAGCUCAGUGAAGUAAAGAGUGGUACCGUGAUAGGUUGCCACCUGUGCAAUAAGUCCAUCCGUGAAAUUUCCUUGCUACUAAAUAUUCCAUGGUCAACUGUUAGUGGUAUUAUAACAAAGUGGAAGCAACUGGGAACAACAGCAACUCAGCCACAAAGUGAACGGGGUCAGCUCAUGCUGAAGCGCACAGUGUGAAGAAGUCACCAACUGUCUUCACAGUCAAUAGCUAAAGACCUCCAAAGUUCAUGUGGCCUUCAGAUUAGUACAACAGUGCAUAUAGAGCUUCAUGGAAUGUGUUUCCAUGACUGA